UAGAUUCACAGUUUUCUUUCUUUACCCAAAGUCACCUUGAAAUUAAUUUUCUGAGACCCUCAUAUUUUCUUAUUCCAUAUUGGCUUUUGGUGAGUAAGUAGAUUUAUCUAAAACCUAUCAUGUUUUUCUAUCUCACUAGAGAGAAAUAAACCUAAAAUUUGUCAUUUUCCUCUUGGUUAAUUAGGUACUGAAUUACAGUCAUUUCUGGGGUGGUAGUUUUCACAAACCAAAAUUUGUAUCACUCAGAAAUUGGUUUUAGAAUCUCGAGAGAUAGCUUAGCUUUUCUUUGCUUUGCAGGGUAGAGAAGGAACCCACUUUGAACCUGUCAAAUGGAAUUGCUCUUGUCGUAAACUGUCGGCGUUAUAUGAGCAGAUCAAACUUUGGUACGACUGAAGCGCACUGCGACAGGAUCCACCCUGUGCUCGGGCAUCCUGUAACACUUGUAAUCCCUGAUGACGUGGCUGGCAUGGACUUGCUGGGAGAACUGACGCUGACCCCAGCUGCUGCUCUGUGUCCCAGCCAAAAAGUCUUUUCCAACCAGCUCAGCAGAAUUUCUUCAGCUUCCAUAUUCCUAUAUGGACCUUUAGGUCUGCCUCUGAUGUCGUCAAGUUGGAAGGAGCCAACUACUGCUAUCUUCAAAGACACCUCUUAUUUCAUUGACUGGAAAAAAUACCACUUGUGCAUGGUGCCCCAUUUGGAUCUCGAUUUGGACAAAGAUGUCAUGCUUCCAGAUGUGGGUUAUCAGGUGGGAUCCAGUCAGCAGGAUCAGUCUCAGAAUAUGGACCCUCCAGGACGAACUCUGCUACUUUUUCUCUUUAUGGAUUUCCACAGUGGAUUUCCAGUCCAGCAAACGGAACUCUGGGGGGUCCACACUCUGCUCACAACUCACCUCAGUACCGUCCUCAGGGAGAGCCACAGUGCGGUGCGAGAUUCCAUCCAGUUCACCGUGGACCAAGUCCUGGGGCAGCAUCAUCAGGCCGUCAAGACCCAGCAGAAACUGAAGGCCUCCCUCUCUGUGGCUGUGAAUUCCAUCCUCACCAUUGUGACUGGGAGUACCGACGGCAGCUUCCGAAAGACCUGUCUCCAGGCCCUUCAGGCGGCUGACACACAGGAGUUUGGGACCAAACUGCACAAAGUAUUCCAUGAGAUCACGCAGCACCGAUUUCUUCACCAGGGCCCAUGUGACAGGAAGCAGCCGAGCCCACAGGAAAAGGACUCAGCCCCGAGGACCCAGGCCGCCCGUGAGCACACCUGCCCAGAACGCUCUGCAG